UGUAUAAAUAUAAAUAGAUAUAUAGAUAUAGGUCAUCUUCCCUCCAAACAAACAUUACACAUUCUCAUUCAUCUUCACAUUUAAUUCAAUUCAACAAAUUCAAAUAAAUAAGUAAAUAAAUAAAAUCCCUAAUUUCAUCCAUUUACACACACACACAAUGUGGAAAUCUCGCCGUAAACCUAAUAAUGAAAUCACCACCACCACCACCACCACCAAUGGCGGUUCGUUUCGGAGAUCGUUUUCUAAUCUCAACUUCAUUAAUUCUUCACUUAAAGAUAUCGAAACUUUACUGGCUGAUGAUCAACCACCGCCUGCCGCCACCACCGCCACCGCCACCAGACGCUUGUCUAUCUUUCACCGUGUUCAUCUCGCUAAUAAAUUCGCUCGCGCUUUCACUAAACCUAACACUAACUCACCGGCCGCCGCGUUUACACUUCCGGCUGCUGCUGCGGCGGCUGUUCAGUUGACUAAAUCUGACCGUCAGAUUUCUACGGAAACUGAGAAAUUAGGUAAAUCUGAUAGUCGCAUUUCAGUUCCGGCGGUUGCGAAGUCGGUGGCUAAAUCUGACCGUCAGAUCAGUAUUCCGGUGGAAAAUACGGCGGUGACAUAUUCAACAAAAUCUGACCGUCGGAUUUCAAAUCCGGUUAUUCCGAUGACUAAAUCUGACCGUCAAGUUACUUUUCCGGUGGAAACGUUACCGGAAAUUUCGAAAUCAAUAAAAUCUGACCGUCGGAUUUCAAUUCCGGGAGCAGAAACACGAAUAAUAGUAUACACAACAAGCUUACGUGUAGUCCGAUCAACAUUCGAAGCAUGCCGUACAGUUCAAUCAAUAUUACGCGGAUUCCGUGUAUCUAUAGACGAACGUGAUCUAUCAAUGGAUUCGAAGUUUCUAGAUGAGCUACAUGACGUCAUGGCAGUUAUAUUUGAAAAUAACGAUUUGACCGAAAAGUCAAAAAAAUUGAGCUUGCCGAAGGUGUUUAUUGGCGGACGGUACAUCGGCGGUGUGGAAGAGGUCCGGCAGCUUCAUGAAUCCGGCGAGUUGAAGAAGAUAGUGGACAGUUUACCGCCGGUGACACGUGGCGUGUGUGAAAGCUGUGGUGAUUUUAGAUUUGUUUUGUGUGAUGAGUGUAGUGGAAGUCAUAAGUGUUACUCUGAGAAAAGUGGAUUUAGGUGUUGUAAUUUGUGUAAUGAGAAUGGUUUAGUUAGAUGUCCUGUAUGUUAGUUCUGGAUCUUAAUAAUGAUAUAUAGAUAUAGUCAUCAUAUAGAUAUAAUUCUAUGUUUAGUGAUUUUUCGGUUUUGUUAAUGACUGUUAGUGAGUUUAUGAACAUUAUAACAUUUUAGUUGAUUUGUUAUAUUUUGUUGUA